AUGGCGGAAAUUCAAAUCAGCCAUGACGUCUUUAACAAGUACCAUACUAAUGGAAAACUCCGAUUAUCCACUGGCUUUGUCCAAGAAGUUCUGGAGAAGCAAGGAUACCCUGGACACGACGGUAUCGUCCAAAUUCUGAAAGGGAAAGAGGACAUUGGAGAGCAGAUGGGACAUCCUUUCACAUAUAGAAUUCGUAUUUGUGAUGGAAUCUUCCAGUACAAUACACUCGUCAGUGCCGAUAUCGACGAUCAAGUUAGAAGCGAAUCUGAGCAUCUCGUUGAAGGAGCUAUCAUUGCCAUUACUAAUCUCACCAUUUUCAGCCAAGGGGCUGGAGUGAAGACUUCCUUCCUGAUAACCGGAUACAAACUUCUUUCUCGUUACCAUCAAGUACUGAGCUCUCCUGAAGUUAAGCCAAGAUCUCACUCUGGUAACCCAGAAGAGCAUCGUGGCUACAGACCGAAUAUCGUCGUUGAAGAUUUAUGGCCAGAAGCAGAUUCUUGGGGCACUGAGUUCCAGGAGAACAUGUCGAAUCCGCCAGCAGCAAAAAUGCCGAAAAGAGAGAGCGGAGGAGAUACAUCAGUCAAUCGCAUGGCUGCUCCAGAACCACAGCGCGUUCGCCCUGCUCCUCCACCAGCUCGUCGUGGAGCAUCCAAUAACGGAAUCAUUCCUAUUGCAAUGGUCACUCCUUAUGUCAACAACUUCAAAAUCCAUGGUAUGGUCUCUCGAAAAGAGGAUAUUCGUACAUUCCCGGCGAAGAACACGAGAGUGUUCAACUUUGAAGUCACUGACACAAAUGGAGAUACUAUUCGAUGCUGUGCAUUCAAUGAGGCUGCUGAGUCAUUCUUCGGAAUGAUCACAGAGAAUCUCUCGUAUUAUAUCACCGGUGGAUCCGUUCGCCAGGCUAACAAGAGAUACAACAAUACUGGGCACGAUUACGAAAUCACCCUUCGCAGCGAUUCUGUUAUCGACGCCGGAGGCGAGCUACUCGCUGCUCCAAAGCUUAACUUGAGGAGAGUCAGAUUGUCGGAGGUUGCAGGACAUUGUGGAGGCUUGAUCGAUGUUCUAGCUGUUGUCGACAAAAUGGAUGACGAACCAACAGAGUUCACAUCUAGAGCUGGAAAGACUCUUGUCAAACGAGAAAUGGAACUAAUCGAUGAAUCGUCAGCAAUGGUGCGAUUGACUCUGUGGGGAGAAGAGGCAACAAAGGCGGAUGCUCAAGAGUAUCAACAAAAAGUUGUUGCUUUCAAAGGAGUUAUUCCAAAAGAAUUCAAUGGAGGAUACACAUUGGGCACUGGGUCUGGAACACGCAUCAUUCUGGCUCCCGAUAUUGGCGGAGUUGCUGACCUUUAUGACUGGUAUCAUAACACUAAACCGUCCGCGGAGGUCAAGAUGAUCAGUCAAACUUCCGGAGGUUCGAAUGACGUUCCACGGACUAUUGCCGGUCUUCAAGAAAUGCAAUUCGGAAAGGAUUCAGAGAAGGGAGAUUACGCUUCAGUGAAGGCUAUGAUCACGAGAAUCAAUCCAAACAAUGCUCUUUACAAAGGAUGUGCUUCAGAAGGUUGUCAGAAGAAAGUGGUCGAAACAGACGGAGAGUACCGUUGUGAGAAGUGCAAUAAGAGUAUGAACAAGUUCAAGUGGCUCUACAUGAUGCAGUUUGAACUUUCUGAUGAAACUGGACAAGUUUAUGUGACGGCGUUUGGAGACACUGCUGCGAAAGUGGUUGGCAAAACUGCUGCUGAAAUCGGAGAUCUGAAAGAGGAAAAUCCAGAGGAGUACAAUGGAGUAUUCGAACGUAUUCAGUUCGCUCCGAAGAUGUGGAAACUCCGCUGCAAGAUGGAAACAUAUAACGAAGAAACUCGUCAGAAGAUGACCGUCUUUGGUGUCGAUGAAGUCAAUCAAGACAAGUACAUCGAGAAUCUGAAACAACUCAUCGAGCAGAUGAAAGAGAUCAAGGAUGAAGGAGGUUACUAG